GCGUUCCCAGGAAAGCUGCACAGUAGGAAAGCCAGGCAAGCAUCUCCGCCCUUCCUUGCGAGCGCCACUCCGUCGCACAUGGUCACCGUUGAACCACGCCGUCUUUCUCCAGCGUUGAUUUGCCAGGAAGCCAACUUCCCAGAACAGCUCGCUUCGUGUUCUUUGUCUUCCCAAAUGCGUGGAGAGCGUCUCUAACAUCGUCAGGAUGACGACACCUCUCUCUCUCUCUCUCUCUCUCGCGCGCGCGUCUGGCAACUUGCCAGUAAUCGCAGUCAAACAGCUGACAUCCCAUUCCCCCCCCCUCCCCCUCCCUUCCCCGACUUCUCCUCUCCUCCAUCCAAUCGUCAACCAGGCCGAAAACCAGCCAAGUAUGCACCGUACACGUGUAACCAAUCUCGGGGCUCCACUUCCCAGGGUUCGGUCCAUCAUCAUCAAGGUCAGGUUGCCAACACCCGACUGGCCUUGCGGACGGCGGAAGCAGUUAAUUAGGUAUUCUCACUCCCGGGCAAACAAAGAAAAGAACUUGGCCUGUUCGGAAUUACCUUCUUGGGAUUUGCGGUGGAGCGCAAAGCUUUGCCCUUUUCUGAAAGGGGCAAGCCUCCAUGAGGGACGGGGCAGACUAGGUUCAAGGGUGUGGAAUACAUCAGCCUCACUGGAAGGUGCGCCGUUGGCAACACCUUCUGUCAUAUUUCUUUUCUGGUCAUUUCUUCUUCUUGGUUUGUUUCUUUUUUUUCUUGUUUCUUUUAUCAAUCUCUCCCUCUUUCUAGCGGUCCGGCUGGCCCUUUGUCAUUUCUUUCUCCGCCCCCCUCCUUUUUUGUUUGGCCGCCCUUGGGCAGGGGGGCUCCGGCAAACCUUUCCUCUUGCAUCAUGUCGUCAAAUCGGCCACGGAACAACAGAGCUCUGGUCACACAGAAAGAGGCCCUUGGGGCUGCCUGUACCAAGUUUGUGAUAUGCAGUGCAGGGACACGAGGGCCAGCCCAGGCCAGCAUCUAUUAGAUAGCUCUUUGUAUGCGGCCGUAUCAGGAGUUGCUCCACCCCCCUCCCCUACUGCCAAGCCCAUGUCGACCGCCUGUCACUAACUACGAGGGAGACCGCCGAUUCAGGACAUGUUUUCAUGGUGGUCCAUCCGGGGGGCGUGGAAGAUCAGCGAGGAAUAUUCCGGCCGCUU